AUGUUUUCGUGUUGUCUCCCCGUGUCCCGAGGCCGAUGCCUCCAGAGAGGCAGCGAGGAGAGUGUGUUUAGUCGUGGCCGCCGCUGGAUCCGGACCUGGACUCAGCGCAAAGGACGCCUGUGGCCCUUUUCCCGGCGGCGGCGCUCAGAGAGCCCAACCCGGGCCAAGGAGCGGCCACAGCUGGUCAAGGAGGAGCCGCAGCUGGUCCAUGAAGACCCCCGCCCCAUGCCCAGCAGGGAGGGGCCGGUGAGCCACACCACUGAGGGCCAGCGCAGGCCUGAAGUGCGUGUGGCCGCCUGGGGGUCUGGGGAACCUGGGCCCAUGGGUGCAGGGAGAAGGACUCCUCCACCCGAGCCACACAGGCCCCACCAGCCUCCAACCUGGAUGCCGUUCAGUCCCAACACGCGGAGGUUACUUUUCAACUCGGGGCUCCCGUGCUUCGGCCCGUGGCUAGAAGACCUCCUGGAGCCCAUGGAAGCAGAGCCCAAGGCACCAGCCCAGGGGGCACACGUGGCUCCUCCUGUAACACCCAAAGUCCACCCUGAGGAGCUGGAGGCAGAGCUGGAGGCGUGUGCACCUCCAGAGCCUGUGCCACCUCCAGCAGCCUCUCCAGCUGCAGCUGUGGAGCCAGGGCCGGCCCCAGACACAACUGAGGCCCCACCAGCGCUGGAAGAAGAACCCUCCCCGGGACCCUUGCCGGUUCCUGCCUCAGAGGAGGAGCUGCCUGUGGAGGUGCCAACUCAAGGGCCGCUUGUUGAGUGCCCUCACCCUGUCCCAAGGGGAAAACUCGUUUGCCCCCCACUCCUUGAUAUUUCGUUUUCUUUAUUGUUCUUAUUUUGUUUUUAUGUUCUCCAUAGCGUACUUUCUUUUUUGAUCUUUUCAUUACUUUGGGCGUUUGGGUGAGUUUGGCUUUUAUUAUUUUAGUUUUUCUGUUUAUGUUCUUCAUUUUUCCAUUGUAUAAUCCCUUUUA